AGUGGUUUUAUUAUACCUUUCAUGGCGUCUGGUCGAGGGCUAAAGACGGGUCGCCUUCUGACAAACAGAUAGGCCGGUGAGUUUCACGGUUUUGUUUUGGCCGUCUCCGUGUGGCGCGAUGGAGGUGGAGAGUGUCAGAGUGGAGGAUGAACGGCGUUUGACCCAGCUGAGGUUUGAAGCCGCCGUGAAAGUGAUCAAGAGUUUACCCCCGGAUGGUCCCUUUCAGCCAUCCAAUGACAUGAUGCUCAAGUUCUACAGUUAUUAUAAACAAGCAACUGUGGGAGCCUGCAAUAUACCCCGACCUGGCUUCUGGGAUGCAGUUGGCAAAGCAAAAUGGGAUGCAUGGGACUCUCUUGGAGAUAUGCCAAAAGAAGAAGCAAUGGCUGCCUAUGUUGAUGAAAUGAAACUGAUCCUGGAGGGCAUGCCCAUGACAGGUGAGGUGGAGGAGCUGCUACGCGUCCUCGGCCCGUUCUAUGAGCUGGUUGAAGAGAAGAAAAAGAUCACGCAGAUCUCAGACCUGAGCACAGGGUUCGGUACAAUGCUGAAUUCAGUGGCAUCGAAGAGUGUCGCAAAGAGCAUUGUCAAAACCAUGGAGAUGAACGGCACUCUGGAGACUCGGCCUGCCAGGCUCAAAUUAAAGGAAGUGAGGGAAAGGUCAGAGGAAGAAGCACAAGAGGAAGAUGAGGAGGAUGAGGAUGAUGAGGAGGAGGAGGAGGAAGAAGAAGAGGAGGAUGAAGUAGUGAUAAGGGAGGUCAGAAAAGACAAGAAAUCAGCAUCUUCACCACCAAAGAAGAAGGGUUCAGCCAGGAGACACAAAGUGCCCCUGUCAAAUGGAAAAGUGGCGAACGGAGUCACACAUCUGACCAAUGGGAAUCACUCCAGGGUUGCUCUGAACAGUGACAACUCCCGGGAGGGUUCAGUCAGCGAGCCUCUGCUCAACGGUCACCAUGCAGAUCCCAGCACUGAUGUGUCUGGUCCUAAUCACCUGGCCAGUGACUCAGAUAGUGAAGUCUACUGUGAUUCUGUGGACCAGUUUGGCCAGGAAGAGACCCCGGAGCAUAACCGCUCUCUGGAUGACCUGGAUGAAGAGGAGAACCAUGUGCUGCAGCCUCUAGAGGCAACAGAGGAGAUCCAGGACGAUGUUCAGGGUCCACCAAAGGUCAUCAGGUGUGGAGGAGAAGACGGAGAGACUGGUGGGACAAUGUCACAGAGACAGAGACUGAAUGCAAACAUGCCAUCCAGCUCCUUGGUCAGAAGAGGACGGGGUUCCAGGUCUCCAGGCCGCGGCUCCGGAGCUCUGGUGCCCACGCACAGUGGUGGAGACGGGGAUGGGGGCCACUGGGGAGGAGCGGUAUCACCUGAAGGGAGCCUGAAUGAGCAGAUAGUUGUGGCAUUGGCCAGACUGCAGGAGGACAUGCAGAGCGUCCUGGAGAGGCUGCACACCCUGGAGGCGCUAACUGCCAGUCAGGCAAGAUCAGUGGCUCUGUCUCCUACUUACUCACCCCCCUCAGUGAAUAAGAGGAAUCAGAAGCCAUCCUGGUGGCCUUUUGACAUUUCUCCAACCAGUUUGGCCUUCGCUGUGAUAUGGCCAUUUGUUGUACAGUGGCUUAUUCGCCUAUACCUGCAGAGGAGGAGAAGACGAAUCAACUGAACCUGCUUACAUCCAGCACCCAUGGGCAUAAAACGAUAACGAGUCCUCUAAACGUCUGUGGUUGGGCUGCUAAUGGCUGUAACCUCCUCUCCUGCUUAGACCCACAGCCCAGUAAUUUGCUUUUGCACUAUGAAGAAGGCACCUAGAGUAAUGAGUGAGAGGAAGAUACCUCUCAAGUGUGUUGUACUGUGGAUGUGGAAUCAAAAAGAAACAUGAAUGUAUGGGCUCGGACCCUGUGAGAUUAUACAACCUUUAUAAGAUGAUACCACUUGUACUGGAAUCUUUUUCACUGUAAGAGAUCAUUUGUUUUGAAAGAGAAAACUUGCAGUUAAAAUAUUGUCAGACCAACUGUAGAAGCUUCACAAUUAUUUCCAUAACUAAGGCUUUGUUGCACAAAAAAAUGGGCCUCAUACUUUGUUGUUUUGAGCAUAAUUCUUGAUGUGGUUAUAAAAUUUCAGCAUUCACUUUUCAUUAGUUGCCCAGGCAAUGCUGCUAUAAUAAAAUGUUGUGAUAACUGUAGUUUAGAAGAGAGGAUUGAAUGUAAUGAUAUAUUGAAAUGUGAGGUUCUUUUUAAUUGUGAGAAUAAGUUAAUAUUUAUUGCUUUUAGCAACAGUUACAUAGAAGGCAUCGCUGGCCAGAUUUCAGCUGUGUAAGUGAGGUUUAUGUUUAGAGUGACAGCUAAAUGUUGUUAAUAUGUUAGACAAGGUUUUCACUGUGUCCUCAUCUCCCGUCCUGCAGCAUAUCAGUCUGUGCUUUCACACCGAGGUGAUCUGAUUGAGCCUAAAUGUUUCCAAAUAGAAAAAGUGCCUCAACAUCACGGGUACAUUCAUAGGUGGCAUUAUGAUUUCAUACAUUCACAUAUUGUAGCAUUACUGUUCUAGUACUGGACCAAAUUAACAUUAAUCAUACGACCUAGUGAGCUAUGAGGUGGUGAGGAUCUCCAUCUGACAGCCUCAUUUCCCGCUCAGCUGUCUGAUUACUAAUGCAUCACACUCGUCACUGUCUGUGCUGUUUAUGCUGUCACGGUUUCUCUGUUGUAUAAUUUAAACUUGUGAUGUAAUAUGUCUGUAUGAGUAUUGUGGACAGAUAUUGUCUGAGUGAUAGUGAUCAUGAAUUGUUUGCAACGCAGUGAGAUCUAUACAAAUUGUAUACAAUAGCUGUACAGUUCAGAUGAUUGAAAUGCAAUAUUUUAAUUGCAUUCCCAUGUAUUACUAGCAUAGACUACUAUAUCAUAUUUACAGAGGUUUGCAUCUGCAAUAGCACCAAUCUUUCCAGAGCCAUUAUGUUUUAAUAAAAAAGUAAUAGUUUACCUUUCUACUGAAAUGUACUAAGGCUUUCUCACCCUCUCUGCCUGUGGCUAGAGUGGUGUUUGCAUGUGAUAAUCUAAGCCUAAAAUAAAGUUUUCAUAAAGCAUUUCAGUUUGU